AGUGGCCGCCGCCGCCGCCGCCGUUUGGGGCGGGGGAAGGAUUGAUGUGGAGGCCGAGAGCGGCAGCGCCGCCGCCAUGCAGCCCCCGCCGAGGAAGGUGAAAAUUACUCAAGAGCUAAAACUUAUUCAGACUGAACAGAUGACAAAACUUCAAGCCAAACAUCAAGCAGAAUGUGACUUACUUGAAGAUAUGAGGGCAUUCAGUCUGAAGAAAGCUGCAAUUGAGAGAGAAUAUGCACAGGGCAUUCAGAAAUUGGCUAGUCAGUACUUAAAGAAAGAGUGGCCUGGAAUAAAAGCUGAGGAGCGGAAUGAUUUUAGGAGCAUGUAUCCAGUGUGGAAAUCAUUUCUUGAAGGCUCAGUGCAAGUGGCUCAAUCCAGACUCAAUAUCUGUGAAAACUAUAAAAACCUAAUUUCUGAACCUGCCAGGGCAGUGAAGUGUUUUAAAGAACAGCAGCUGAAAAAGUGUGUGGACCAGCUGACCAGGAUCCAGGCUGAAUUGCAAGAGACAGUAAAAGAUUUAGCUAAGGGCAAGAAGAAGUACUUUGAAACGGAGCAGAUGGCUCAUGCUGUCCGUGAAAAGGCCGAUAUUGAGGCCAAGUCUAAACUUAGUCUUUUUCAGUCGAGGAUAAGCUUACAGAAAGCAAGUGUAAAGUUAAAAGCACGACGGUCUGAGUGUAAUUCUAAAGCUACUCAUGCAAGGAAUGACUACCUUCUCACAUUAGCAGCUGCAAAUGCACACCAAGAUCGCUACUAUCAGACGGACUUAGUAAACAUUAUGAAGGUUCUUGAUGGGAAUGUAUAUGAUCAUCUUAAAGAUUAUUUAAUGGCAUUCAGCAGGACUGAAUUAGAAAUAUGCCAAGCUGUACAAAGCACAUUCCAAUUUCUUUUGGAAACUUCCAGUCGGGUAGUGCGAGAUUGCAAUUUUCAGCUGUUCUUACAAGAGAACUCUGUAUUUCAUAAGCCACAAUCUUUCCAGUUCCAGCCCUGUGACAGUGACACCAGUCGCCAACUGGAAUCUGAGACUGGGACAACAGAAGAGCACAGUCUGAACAAGGAGGCCCGAAAAUGGGCCACACGUGUGGCACGGGAGCACAAAAACAUCAUUCACAGUCAACGGACUCUUGAGGAAUUAGAAUGCCACGGCCCUGUGGUGUCUGAACAGAGCCGAGUAGAACUGGAACAGAAGAUCGAUGAAGCCAGAGAGAACAUCCGCAAAGCUGAGAUAAUAAAGCUGAAAGCAGAAGCUCGACUUGACCUAUUAAAGCAGAUUGGGGUUUCGGUGGAUACGUGGCUGAAAAGUGCAAUGAAUCAAGUGAUGGAGGAACUGGAGAAUGAACGAUGGGCAAACCUCCCUACAGUGGCCAGUAAUGGCUCUUCGCACAUGUUAAAUGUUGAUGUAGAAAGAGAAGAAGGGGAAGAGUUGGAAGAUGGCAUGGAUGCUUUUGAUGACAGCAGUUCCAGUCCUUCUGGUACACUGAGAAAUUAUCCGUUGACCUGCAAAGUUGUUUAUUCAUACAAGGCUUCCCAGCCAGAUGAACUAACCAUUGAAGAACACGAAGUUUUGGAAGUUAUUGAAGAUGGAGAUAUGGAAGAUUGGGUAAAGGCACGAAAUAAGUCGGGCCACGUGGGCUACGUACCAGAGAAAUAUCUGCAGUUCCCGACGUCCAACAGUCUCUUGAGCAUGUUGCAAUCGCUGGCGGCACUGGACAGUCGCUCUCAUACCUCCAGUAAUUCAACUGAAGCCGAGCUAGUCUCGGGGAGCCUCAACGGGGACUCCAGUGUAUGUUUUGUAAAAGCACUUUAUGAUUACGAGGGCCAGACGGACGACGAACUGUCCUUCCCGGAGGGAGCAAUAAUCCGUAUCUUGAACAAGGAAAACCAGGACGACGAUGGCUUCUGGGAAGGGGAGUUCAAUGGACGCGUUGGGGUGUUCCCAUCUGUACUAGUAGAAGAGUUAACAGCCUCAGAAAAUGGAGAGAUGCCAUGUGUUGCGGAUGUUCAGGUAUCUCCAUCUCCAAAGCCCCAGAAUUCUCUGGCGCCGUUGCCACUGUACGACCAGCCACCAACCAGCCCUUUCCAUAGUCCAGAUAAAAGAGGCUCCCAGUACUUUCCAAGGUCCCCAUCAACAAACGAAAACAGCUUAACUUCAAACUCUCCUGGAUUCUCACAGCCACCACGACCUCUUCCUGAAAGCACCUCAUAUGGCAAAUUGAGGCCUGUACGAGCUGCCCCUCCCCCUCCAACACAACAGCAUCGUGGACCAACAGAGAAGAUCGAAGACGUGGAAAUCACCUUGGUGUGACCAAAGGGAUGAAAUGCGUCAUAGUGCUACAAUCAAGGCCAAACGUUGGCAACGUUUGGUCAGCUUUGGUCAGCUCUCAUUCUUGGGCACCGUUGCAUGAUGGAAGAGAGACUUUUAAACAAUCGAGGAAAAACUGGAGGAUUUUCCAGGGACACUGACAUGGUGGUGGAUACUUCUUCCCACGGUCAUGAAUAUUUUGUGCCUUUUUAUUUGUUGCUGUUGUUUGGUUUCACUUUAUAUAUCCACCAUCCUUCCUCCUUUAGCACAAAGCAAGCAGAGGAAUGCCUUUGCAACUGAAAGUCUGGCCGUUCUGGUUUCCAGUGGAGGCUUCGGAGAGCUCCCUCUUCCAUGCCACUUACGGCCCGUCUACAACGUCCCUGCGGAAACAGUUCUGCAUGACGAUAUAUCCCCAGAACUUCUACAACGUGUAGCGCAGUAAACAUGGCCUACUUCCUUGUCACAUGGAGCCUCUCUGUGCCACAAGAUGGACGAAAUGGGAUAGAGUUACUGAUGUUGCAGGUUGCAGCAAUAAGGGCCAAGUCAUUAUAGGAAUGUAUUUCUGCAUGGGGAGUAUAACGUGUAGACCAGCCUGAAGUCUAGCAUACAUAUACCAUGUGCAUUAGUACAGUAUAUUACUGUUGCCAUAGGAAUGUGUUAAAAUUAUUUUUCCUAUUCAAGUAGCAUAACUUACCUGAUUAGGUUAUUAAUCAGAAUGUAUGGAAGAGAAGGGAACACACAAGUGUAAGUUUAAGGAGAGGCUGGCUCCUCUCUCUCUCUCUCUCUCUCUUUCUCUCUCUCUCCUUCUCCUCCCCUCCGACAAAAGAUGGAAAAAAAAAUAGUUCUACAACUGAGAAAAAGCACUGCAGAUCAUAUGGGGUUAAUUACUUCAAUGUGCGCCUCUUCCAUAAUUAACUGUAAACCUGAACGUAAUGUUCCUUUUGUAUUGAUAUUUAUGCAGUGCAUUUAGUAAUAGAGUAUCUACUACAGAAGUGCUGACUUAGUAGCAACAACAUGUUUUCUUAGGAUAAAACUGAAUAAGCAGGAUUUUCAUCGUAGAGCUGAAAAUAGCCGUUCAUUUCCUUUUUUAAGCAGAUUAUUUUUUCUUCUCUUUUGCACUUGGGUCGCUUCUUAUCCCAGUUAUUGCUGUAUAGUUUACUCGCUGACAUUAGCAGUAUAUCCUGGAGCAUCCGGCUAGAGUUAAGGAGUUUAAUGUUUAGAAAAAUGAAAUGUGAUGUCUAGCUUUAGCGUUGGGUAGUUCUAGUACAGAUCUCCACGCAAAGCGUAACGGCCAGCUCACACCCAAGGAACUAAGGCUGGAGAAGGAUGAUAGUUCAAGAUUAUGUAUUACACACACACACACACCCAAACUCACACCCCCUGACCAGUCAAAUUGGUUUGAUGGAGCUAUUGCCACCUGUUGUGUAUAUACUUGCUUCAUUUGUUCUCAUAUCAUCUCUGUUUGAAUAGACUUUGAAGCCCUACAAAAUUUGCAAAGCCUUUUUCAUAGAGAUGAUGAUGGAUCAGAAGAAAUGAGUGCUCCCAUCCUCAGCGACACUAAUUCCAUCUUACCCGUUUUCUACACACUGGUGGGGUUGUGGGAGUUACCACGUGUCUCCAGCCCUGGGAUCAAACUCAGAAUCAUACCUGGUGUCCUUGCAGCUCUUAUCAAGUCAGCUUUUGAGUUGGAGAGUAGAAGGCACGUGCUUUUGGAUGACAGUGGGAGGCAACUUUCAGACCCCAAUUUCUCUGAGUCACUUGUGACUUUGAAGAGAGGCAAACGUCAUUUUGAAGUUGAAGAUGAGUAAGAAUGAAAUAGGAGGGGGAGAACUAUAUUUCAGAUUAAAUGGUCUCCAAGCAGCAACACUCAUAUUUGGCAAAGAGAAGGGGCAAACAUUUAUAUUCGUACUUUUAUAAACCACCCAGAGAGCUUCGGCUAUAGGGCGGUAAUAUAAAUUAAAUAAAUAAAUAUAUCAAAUUCUGUCCCAGGUAAUUUCUAGCCAAAGAGCUGGAAUAUAUAAAAACACCUACGAGAAACGUCUUUAGAGCUGUAACAUAAGUAAUCUUAAAGGAGCUCUUGUGUGUUCAUUUUUUCCUAAGCAAGUAAAACAUAGUAAUCAUUUCUACGUUGAGUUGCCUAAUGGGAUACAUUUUUCCUCCCUUUUUAAUUCUGUGGCUGCAUUUUGUGAAAUCGUUUGACAAGACUUUCAUCUUAAACUUUGCACAAAUAAUCUUGGCUGGGACUUUUGAAAUAUGACUCUCUCUUUUUUUUGCCAAUUUUUCUUUCAUUUAGUUGGCCUAAGCGAGGGAAAAGCUGUUUGAAAUAUAAUAGCAUCGUCUGCAGCAGUUGCCAAAUUUCUGGCAGAUUCCUGUGAAGAUUGUGUUUUGGGAGGCGGCGAUGCGCCUUCUGUCCUGUUGAUCUGUUUGAGGUCUUUUUUUAAGUGUUUAUCAAACUUAUUCUUAAGUUUUUUUUAAAAAAAACAAUUUUUUAAGAAGAAUUGUACUGCAAACAUUUUAAAAUGCUUCAUGAAAAAAAUAAGCGUUGCCAAUAAUACUCACAUGUUCUUUUCGGUUGGCCAGUUUUCCUGCAUCUUUUUUUGUUGGUGGUGUUACCCAGACUCAAAAUUCAGAAAGUGUUAUUUAAGAAAAAAAAAUCUCCUUAGUUAUAUUUUAAAAAUAUUUUCUGUAAGAGCUGCUAAUUUUUAUUUUAAGAAAAAGUUGUAAAAAUACGCCUCCUUUUUAAACUCCAUACAGGGCAUGCAAUAGAACAUAUCACCAUGUACAGUGUCAAUACACUGAAAGCAGAACCUUGGAUGCUUUCUUUAUAUUGGCUGUAAAACUUUGUAUUUAUUAUGUAUAAAAUGUUGAAUAAUAAAAA